AUGGCGCAUCAUCUUGCCACCCCCACCCCCUGCCUGAUCUAUCAUGUUAUUCUCCUGCUACGUCCUUGCGCUGGGCUGUUAGACGGGUUUCCCGAUUCUCGCGCGACAGCCCAAAGCAUCAUGGAUACAAUGAGCUGCUGCGGCAACUCACCAGACCCAAAUCUCGAGCGAAUAGCUGUGCAAAUCAUCAUGCUGCCAUACCAAUGCUGCCAUUCAGACAGAGGGUGUGAUGCUUGGUCUCUAGCGCAAUUACACCCUCCGCUCCACUACGACAGGGACAGCUCCAGCGCUUCUCGCGCAAUCCCUGGCACCCAAACCCUUUGA